ACGAGUUUUCCCUUCAGUUGUAACUAAACAAAAUUAGUGACAGUCGUGUGCCAUGUCCCAACAUUCAAAAUGGAGAAAUUAAUAAAUAUUUUGCUUCAAAGGAGUGAUAAAUCUAUUCCUUGGGGCUUCAGAUUAGAAGUCGGAAUUCAAGUUGGAUUUCCUUUAACCAUUGGAAGGAUUACUCCAGGUACAAUCGCUAGCCAUUAUUUAGAAGCAGGUGACAUAGUGUUACAAAUAGCUGGUAAAAAAGCUGUUGACAUGAGUCCAGAAGAAGCAGAAAAACUUAUUUUAUCUCAAGGAAACUCUUUAGAUCUGGUUGUGAAAAAAAAACCUCCUGGGAAUGCCAGUCCUGCUAUAUGGACACCAUCAUUAUCAGCAACUCCAUCGAGGCAAGAAUCGAAUCCAUUUUUCACACCGAAUGUUCGGAACUCUCCAGUUUCGCCAACCUCACCGGUUUCACCCUUCAAACCGGUGACGACACCAGCUAAGACUGUUAUUCACCCGAUUUAUAUCGAAGACCAACCAAACUGGAGUUCGCCGAUACAAUCGCCAGUGACAGGAAAUUCCCAACUUUCGCCGGUUUAUAAUCGUCAAAAUUCGAUAAACGAUGCCAUUUCUCCACAGACGCCCACGCUGCCGCCACCCCCUCCACCUCCACCCCCAACUAUGGCGCCUCCUCCACCCCCACCCCCAACUAUGGCGCCUCCUCCUCCCCCUCCUCCACCACCACCACCUCCACCAAGUGGUGAUAUGCCCACAUGGAAAGAAAAGCAAAAAGCAUUGGCCAAAGAACAGCCAAGUGGUUACCACCCUUCCCAGCAUGCAGCUAGCACUCCACAAGAGGGUAAUAAUGCGCCAUUUUGUUACUUACCACCACAACUACAGAACACAUUAAAGAAAGAUAAGAAGCCUUUUACUUAUACCCCCGGAGGAUUAGACUUAUCGCAAAUCAGAUCGCCAAGAAUGCAGAAGAGAAUAGCCGCGAAUUUACAAGAAGAUGAUCGGCCUUCUACUCCUCCAGCUGUCAACCAUCAUCCACCUGUAUUAUCUCAGCAAUCUCAGAAUAAUAACGGUAGUUCCAAACGACAUCAGGCCUACGUUCUACCAGCUUAUAAUUCGCCAAUAAAUCUCUAUUCUCAACAAAAUGCCCUGAAUGCCUACGACACACAGACGGAUCAAGCAACUAGACAGUUAGAAGGUGUUCACUUGUCUGGUAACAAUACACCGGCUGCAGAUUAUCGAAAUCACGUCGAUCAGGAUCCAUCCAGAGAAUUUGGGCAGUCUAGGUCUUUCCGGAUAUUACAGAUGAUAACAGCUGAUGAAGAGAACCCUGUUCAAGAUCAAGUAAAACCGAAGAAGAAGGAAGAAGACGAAAUGAGAUUUUCGGGUCUUAGAAAAGAUGCGAUUCCUUCGAGAGCCUUCCAUACUUUACAAAAAAUGACGGGUUCGGAUGCGUCUACCACAUCACCGACUCCAUCUUAUGAUAGCAACGAAGGGUAUGACUAUCCGAAUCAAGACGAACCACAACAGCCAGUCGAUCCGAGAUAUAAAGGCAGUUAUAUACCUGGAAGAUCUUUCAAGAUGCUUCAGGAAAUGACAGGAAUGAGUGAUGAUGAAGGAGGUCAGACACUUCCACCUUCGGUUUUUCAACAGAAGCCUAGGAAAACUACAAGUGUACAGUUACAAGUCGGUGGUCAUCCCGCUCCCUCCCAAACUAGGGCUUAUCCACAUCACGAUGUUGGUGGUCCUCCCCCAACUAGAGUAUAUCCACAUCCCGAUGUACCUGCCUGUGAACAACCCUACGAAGCAGAACCAAAGAUGUAUAAAGGAGGACGAAUCCCUUCGCAAUCGUUUCGAAUGUUGCAAGCUAUGACAGGCGAAGCAUCAGAUCAAGGAGGAACCGAUUUUUAACUUUCAUCAGAAGUAAUUGAAGGAUAGAGGAAGAAAAUCAUCUCCAUCCAACUCGAGUACGUUUAUAUAUAUAUAUAUUAAAAAUCGCGUUGAAAGAAUUAACGAAGAAUGAGAAUCACACAGAAGUGCGUAUAUUAAAA